GCUCUCCUCCUCGUUGGUUUCGUAAAGCCUUCGUAGCAGUAGCAGCCGCACUUGACUCUCUCCUCUCCUCUGAGGAUUCAAUCCCCUCCAAUUCCUAUUCCUGAUUUCUCAUUUCUCGAUUUGCUUGUGUUUGCGCAAUGUGUGUGUGCGCACAGCUGUGCUUGUUGUUCUCACUGCAUCGUUGCAUUAUUAUUCUCCGCUUCGAAUCAUCAUCCUGCUAGCAUUUGCAAGAGCAAUCCUCACUCACCAUGCAUGCUGCUUCCACCUUCGCGCGUCUUCGCUGUGUGCCACAGCUUUGUCGGGCUUAUCACAGUGCCGGAGGACGAUGCUGCCACGAUGGUGGCCCCGCGCGGUUUGUGAGUGUUAGGAGGGACGAGUUUGGAGGGAGUCCGAAGCGGGAUAUUGCGACGUUGAGGGUGACCAGUGGUAGAAUCGCUGCGAGGCGUGGAGACGGGGAGCAGCGCUUUCCUGUUGGGGAAUAUGGGGAGCGGAUUGUGGUGUCGUCGUAUGAGGACCAGGAGGAGGAUGAUGACGAGGAUGAGUUCAAAUUGGAGUAUGAAGAGAAUGGGUGCGUCCUUGUGAAGAGUUCGUCCAAGACUUUGGAGGAGGAGGAAGAUGACCGUGGGGGUUUCUUAUGCUGCGACUUUACAGGUUGCUAUUUUUCAGAUGAGCCACCGGUAGAGAGGGCAUUUGAAGUGAUCGAAGGAGAAGGAUGGCGACUUGGAUACGAAACUGCACCAGAAUCAGUAGAAAGCUUCUGCGCUAUUGUAAGGAAUGCGAGAACAUAUCACUUCGGGGUUGCCGAAAUCGUUGGAGCUGGGGGAUGGAGCCUCGCUCUAACAGCAUCGGAAUUCAAUGAUUUUUGCUACCUUAUACAAAUCUUGAGAAAUGCCAUCUCAACUGUUGACGAGGAUAAGUUCUUAGGAAAGGACGAAGUUGUUAUACGGAUGGAGAGAGGUUGCCUUUGGAUGGCGUGCGUUAUACCUAAGAAGAGAGUUGCAAUGUUCCAAAAACUCGCCAUGCUUGGACAUAGAGGUCUUCUUGAAAGCCAACACAAGGCUGCCUUUGAGCUACGGUUUAUUCUUUCCGGUGUAUCAGGCAGACGACAGGCUGAAGGAUUCUGGCCAUCUGAGGCUGUGAUGGACAUGCUCAAGAAGAUCGAUGCAAAGAACCUCGAACUGGAGGAGCAGAUUGCCCAAGUACAAAAUUUUGCAGCAGACAGACUUGCAUAGUAGUCUAGCUCGUUAAGUUCCUGCCAAGAACAAUCAGUAACAGAUCUGCAUUUCUGGCAACUAAUUGGAAUGCUUAACAUGCUAUCUCCUUGCGGGGGCAGGAUUGUCCACACGACCUGUCCGCUUUCUGUACAUUUCCUGAUUCUCAGGUGUUUCUCUAGUAUCACAUUUAAUCUGUACUUGUUGCUUUGCCACAUUCUACAGUGA